UGACGCGUAGACAAAGCCUCGUCAGUGUGGUUGGCAUCGAGCAGAGAAAUUAUCUGUAACUUUAUAACUUUCACAAUUUCUAAUAAACUACACAUUGUCGGAAUAUCCGUAACUUAAUAUCGUUUAAUUUAGUAAAGUUUGAGGUCAGAUAUGGAAGCUAACAGAGGCUAAAGCAGCAGCAACAACAACAACAGUAACAGCAGCUGUGAUGGCAGCAGAGGAUGAAAUCAGCCUGCUGGUCAUCGUCGUGGAUGUAAAUCCGAUAUGGUGGGGGCAGCAAGCUCAACGUGAGCCAGAGUUCACCCUGUCCAAGUGUCUGGAUGCGGUCAUGGUGUUAGGGAACUCCCACACGGCCAUGACCAGGACCAACAAGCUGGCUGUCAUCGCUAGCCACUGUCAAGACAGUCACUUCCUGUAUCCCAGUAAGAACUGGAGAGGCGGGGACAACGUUGGAGAUGAUGCAUGUUCUAGCGGGGAUGGAAAAUAUGAACUCCUGUCGGUCGCUAAUAAUCUCAUUGCUGAAGAGAUCAGGAAUGUCAUGUCAAAAACUGAAGUGCGGGGAAAUUCAACUGAUACCUUGUUGGCUGGAUCUCUUGCCAAAGCUCUCUGCUAUAUUAACAGGGUCUCUAAAGAGCUGGAAGUUGGACAGGAUUUAAAAUCAAGAAUACUGGUGAUAAAAGCAGCCGAGGACUGUGCCCUCCAGUACAUGAACUUCAUGAAUGUCAUUUUCGCUGCCCAGAAACAGAACAUCCUGAUAGAUGCCUGUGUGUUGGACUCAGACUCAGGUCUCCUUCAGCAGGCUUGCGAUAUAACUGGAGGACUGUACCUCAAGAUACCACAUAAACUUGCCCUGGCACAAUACCUUCUGUGGGUGUUCCUGCCUGACUCUGAGCAACGUUCACAGCUGGUGCUGCCACCGCCUGCACAUGUAGACUACAGAGCUGCAUGCUUCUGCCAUCGUAACCUCAUUGAGAUUGGUUACGUGUGCUCAGUUUGUCUGUCAAUAUUCUGCAACUUCAGCCCCAUCUGUACAACAUGCGAGACUGCCUUCAAAAUCCAACUACCACAGAUGGUCAAGCCCAAAAAGAAGAAACUCAAGCAAGCUACAUGAUUUUUGCUGUGGUUGCACCAAUGUAGCUAAUUUUCCCUUUGUGAUAUUCAUAUUAUACUAUUUUUGUUUGGCAUAGAUUUGUAACAAGCUUCAGUGACAUCCUAGAAAUGCCAUUGAGGCACCAGGGCCAUAUGAACAUGAGUAAUUAUUUUCCUGAAAAAAUUGGACAAUAUAUGAAAAUGUGUAACAUGCAUUAAAACAUUUGAAAGAAA